GCCCGCUGCUUGUUUCGAUUGACAGAAACUUCUGGCGGCAGAAAAAAGUUUUAAAGUUUGAAAGAGUGGUCGCUGAAGUUUUCCGACGUCAUCAGGGAUGAAGACCACGCGAAGCUGCCGGAGAACAGCAGGGUUCAGCAGCGGAAGCGCCUCGUGGUGGCGCUGCUGUGCGUCGCUUGACGUUUCUGCUCCUCAGUCCGAUGAACGAGCGAGAAGAAGCAUCACAGUGACGAGACUCGGCGGUCAGGGAGGGUCUCGACCAGCCGCCCGACGUCCCGACCAGCUGACUGUCUGUCUGUCAUCCCGUCUGUCUGUCGUCCCGUCUGUCUGUGGACCUGUCUGUCUGUGGACCUGUCUGUGGCUGCAGCUGGGAGGAUGCUCCUCUCUCCUCCCGUCGUCCGGCCGGGAUGCUGCGGUCUGAGCCCGGGGCUUCUCCCCUCCUCUGCCCGCUGAAGUUGGAUCAUCCUCGGGGAUUAUUCUCUCUCUCUCUCUCUCUCUCUCUCUCUCUCUCUCUCUCUCUCUCUCUCUCUCUCCAUCUUUCCUCCGCCUCCAGAACCGCCCCGGUCGCUUCACGGUGUAAAAAAAAAUAAUAAUAAUAAUCCGCCUGUUUUAUUGUGUGACUCUGGAUUAUUAUUAUUAUUUCACAUCCUGUCCCUGUGACUCUGGUGGAUAUAUUUUUUUAUUUCAUUUUUCUUUACUCGCGCACAGAUUUGUGAAUGGACUCGUGAUCCGCGGCGCGUUAUUACGCGCAGGGAUGAUGUGAACUCAGCCGCGGUGUAGUAACCGUGUCUGGUUCCGAGGUCGAGGAUUAGUGUGAGGAGGGAUUAUUCCUUCUUUUUUUUUUCCAGGAGUAGAAUCCUCCAUCAUUUGCUGUUUUUCUCUCUCUCUCUCCAUCAGUGUCUCUGCCUCUUUUUUUUGAAGCAGAACUUUUUCCAGAUGCGUAAAAAGGUCUCUGUCUUUAUUUCUGUUCCCGCAAAUCACCUGCACCUGUAAUCUGACGAUAAUUCCAGGCUGAGGCAGAAUCUUACAGAAGCUCGGAGCCAAAGGUUGUUCUCAUCAGACAGGCGACAGGACUGUUUCAAGUCACCACAGAGAACAGUGAAGGAAACUCUCCGUCCCUUUGGAGAUGUUGAAGGAGAUUACAGUCCAACCUCCGGAGGUGGAAGAACCAUAAAGUGGAGCGGAGUCAGCAGAAAGUCUCUGAUGAACCAUCAGCUGUGAGGAAUCGUGAAGCCAGAGGAAGCGGAGGCAGCGAGGCGGCGGCGGUGGGACGGACGGACGGACGGGACCCGGCGACAGAUGAGUGACCAUGUCGGACCGGAGCGCCCCGGGCUGCCGGCUCAGACUGGACUGGGUCUACGGGUACCGGGGCCACCAGUGCCGCAAUAACCUGUUCUACACGGCCGGGAAGGAGGUGGUGUACUUCGUGGCCGGCGUGGGCGUGGUCUACAACACCAGGGAGCACAGCCAGAGGUUCUACCUGGGACACAACGAUGACAUCAUCAGCCUGGCGCUGCACCCGGAGCGCUCCCUGGUGGCGACGGGUCAGGUGGGGAAGGAUCCCUACGUGUGUGUGUGGGACUCGUUCACCGUCCAGACCGUCUCUCUGCUCCGUGACGGACACACACACGGCAUCGCCUGCCUGGCCUUCAGCGCUGACGGACAGCGGUUGGCCUCGGUCGGCCUGGACGCCAAGAACACAUUGUGUAUCUGGGAGUGGAAGCGAGGAAAGAUCCUGGCUACAGCCACCGGACACUCAGACAGGAUCUUCGACAUCUGCUGGGAUCCGAUUCAGCAAAACCGUCUGGUGAGCUGCGGAGUGAAACACAUCAAGUUCUGGUCUCUGUGUGGGAACUCUCUCUCUCCAAAGCGCGGGAUCUUCGGGAAGACGGGCGACUUGCAGACCAUCCUGUGCGUGGCGUCUGCUAAAGAUGACAUUACGUACUCCGGCGCGCUCAACGGAGACAUUUACGUCUGGAAGGGACUCAACCUGAUCCGAACGGUCCAGGCCGCACAUGGGGCCGGUAUCUUCAGCAUGUAUCCCUGUGAGGAGGGUUUCGCCACCGGGGGCAGAGACGGCUGCGUCCGACUUUGGGACGUCGACUUCAAACCGAUCACCAAGAUCGACCUGCGAGAGGCGGAGCAGGGAUACAAAGGUCUUUCCAUUCGCAGCGUCUGCUGGCGAGCCGACCGGGUCCUGGCGGGAACGCAGGACAGCGAGAUCUUUGAGGUGAUGGUGAGGGACCGGGACAAGCCGCUGCUCAUCAUGCAGGGUCACGGCGACGGCGAGCUCUGGGCGCUGGACGUUCACCCCAAAAAACCUCUGGCCGUCACCGGCAGCGACGACCGCUCCGUCAGGUUGUGGAGUCUGGUGGAUCACGCCCUCAUCGCUCGCUGUAACAUGGAGGAGGCGGUGCGGAGCGUGGCGUUCAGCGUGGACGGCUCCCAGCUGGCUCUGGGCAUGAAGGACGGAUCCUUCACCGUGCUGAGAGUCAGGGACAUGACGGAGGUCGUCCACAUCAAAGACAGAAAGGAGGUGAUCCACGAGAUGAAGUUCUCCCCGGACGGAGCGUACCUCGCCGUCGGCUCCAACGACGGGCUGGUGGACGUCUACGCCGUCGCACAGCGAUACAAGAAGGUGGGAGAAUGUUGUAACUCCUCCAGCUUCAUCACUCACCUGGACUGGACUCUGGACAGUAAGAUCCUGCAGAGCAACGACGGAGCGGGAGAGCGACUCUUCUACCGGAUGCCCAUGGGGAAGGCGGUCGUCAGUAAGGAGGAGGUCAAAGGUCAACGCUGGGCGUCCUGGAGCUGCGUCCUGGGCUCGGAGGUCUGCGGCAUCUGGCCCAAGUACUCAGACCUGACCCAGAUCAACGCCGUGGACGCCAAUCACGCCGCCGCCGUGCUGGUCGCCGGAGACGACCUCGGCCUGGUGAAGCUCUAUCGCUUCCCCUGUCUGAGGAAAGGAGCCAAAUUCAAGAAAUACAUCGGCCACUCGGCCCACGUGACCAACGUGCGCUGGUCACACGACCUGCAGUGGGUGCUGACCACGGGCGGCGCCGACCACGCCCUCUUCCAGUGGAGGUUUCUGCCCGAGUCCGUGAUGAACGGAGGACCGGACGUCAACAUACAAGACAGUCACGGCGACUCCAACAGCGAGGAGUCCGACAGCGACGUGUCGGACGUCCCGGAGCUCGACUCCGACAUUGAGCAGGAGACGCAGAUCCACUAUGACAGACAGGUGUACAAGGAGGACCUGCCUCAGCUGCAGCAGCAGAGCAGAGAGAAGAAGCAGCAGGUCGGUUCCCUGAAGAGGCAGCAAGGACCAGACCAAAGCCUCCGGCUGCAGUUUGUUCACGGGUACCGAGGUUACGACUGCCGGAACAACCUGUUCUACACGCAGGGCGGCGAGGUGUUGUACCACGUGGCGGCGGUGGGCGUGGUCUACAACCGGCAGCUGCACAGCCAGCGCUUCUACCUCGGCCACAACGACGACAUACUGAGCCUCAGCAUCCACCCGCUGAAGGACUACGCCGCCACGGGACAGGUGGGGAGGGACCCGGCCAUCCAUGUGUGGGACAUCCAGACCAUGAAGUGCCUCUCUCUGCUGAGAGGAUUCCAUCAGAGAGGAGUGUGUGCUCUGGACUUCUCAGCUGACGGAAAGAGUCUGGUCUCCGUGGGAGUCGAUGACGCACAUUCGAUCGUCGUCUGGGACUGGAAGCGAGGAGAGAAACUCGCCACUGCCAGCGGUCACAAGGAGAAGAUCUUCGUGGUCAAGUGUCAUCCUGUGCUGAUGGACAGGCUGGUCACCGUGGGAAUCAAACACAUCAAGUUCUGGCAGCACGCAGGGGGCGGCCUGACCUUCAGGCGCGGUGCGUUCAGGAGCGUCGGCCGGCCGGAGACCAUGAUGUCGGUGUGCUACGGCCGCAGCGACGCGCUGGUGUUCACCGGCGCCGCCACCGGAGACGUCUACGUUUGGAGGGAGCCGCUGCUGCUGAAGACGGUGAAAGCACACGACGGGCCGGUGUUCGCCAUGUUCUCCCUGGACAAGGGCUUCGUGACCGGUGGGAAGGACGGCGUGGUGGAGCUGUGGGACGACGCGUUCGACCGCUGCCUCAAGACCUACGCCAUCAAGAGGGCCGCUCUGUCCCCGGGGUCGAAAGGCCUGCUGCUGGAGGACAACCCGUCCAUCAGAGCCAUCACGCUGGGUCACGGUCGCAUCCUGGUGGGAACCAAAAAUGGAGAAGUUCUGGAGAUCGACAAGACCGGACCCAUGACCCUGCUGGUGCAGGGUCACAUGGAGGGCGAGGUUUGGGGCCUGGCCCCCCACCCCCUCCUCCACAUCUGUGCCACCGUCAGCGACGAUAGAACCCUGCGACUGUGGGAGACGUCGGCCAAUCACCGCAUGGUCGCCGUCCGCAAGCUGAAGAGAGGCGGCCGCAGUUGUGCCUUCUCUCCGGACGGGAAGGCGCUGGCGGUCGGUCUGAGCGACGGCGGCGUGCUGGUGGUGAACGCCGACACGCUGGAGGAUCUAUUGGGCUUCCAUCAUCGCCGUGACGCCAUCUCUGACGUCCGCUUCUCGCCAGACUGUGGUAAGUUCCUGGCGGUGGCGUCACACGACAGCUUCGUGGACAUCUACAACGUGCGGAGCAGCAAGAGAGUGGGGAUCUGCAAAGGAGCGUCCAGCUACAUCACACACAUCGACUGGGACGCCCGAGGUAAACUGCUGCAGGUGAACACAGGAGCUAAAGAGCAGCUUUUCUUCGAAGCCCCGAGAGGAAAGAGACAAACAAUCAGAAACUCUGAGCUGGAGCGGGUCGACUGGUCCAGCUGGACGAGCGUCCUGGGCCCCAGCUGCGAGGGGAUCUGGCCAACGCACAGCGACAUCACCGACGUCAACGCCGCGUCGCUCACCGGGGACCGAGCGCUGCUCGCCACCGGAGACGACUUUGGCUUCCUCAAGCUGUUCAGCUUCCCCGUCAGAGGUCAGUACGCUCGGUUCAAGCGCUACGUGGGCCACAGCGCGCAGGUGACCAACGUCCGCUGGGCUCAGGACGACUCCACCCUGCUGACGGUGGGCGGGGCCGACACCGCCCUGAUGAUCUGGGCGAGGGAGCGAGGAGGAGGAGGCAGGGACGGCGGGGACGGCCCACCUGUGGACAGCGAGGAGUCUGACGAGGACAUCGAGGAGGACGGAGGCUACGACAGCGACGUGGCGCGGGAGAAGACGGUGGAUUACAGCACCAAGAUGUCCGCCGCCAGCCUCCGAGACAUGAGAGGAACCAAACCUCACCAGCAGCUGAAGGAGCCGCCUGCCGAGGAGAGAUUGAUUGAUUGGUCCUCCAGGCCUCCGGUGAGUCGAGCGGCGCCGCAGCCGGACAAACUCCAGAAGAACAACGUCUCCAAGAAGAAGAGACUGGUCGAGGACCUGGUCCUGGAUCACGUGUUCGGUUUCCGAGGCUUCGAUUGCCGCAACAACCUGCACUACCUCAACGACGGCACGGAGAUCGUCUACCACACGGCCGCCACUGCCAUCGUCCACAGCUUCAGCAACGGAACUCAGAGUUUCUACCUGGAACACACUGACGACAUCCUCAGUCUGACCGUCAACCAGCACCCGAAGUACAAGAACGUCAUCGCCAGCGGACAGAUCGGUGACGUCAGUGAACUCCCAGGCACCACGCCGUCCAUCCACGUGUGGGACGCCAUGAGCAAACAGACGCUGUCCGUCCUGCGAUGUCCUCACGCCAAAGGCGUCGGCUACGUCAACUUCAGCGCCACGGGGAAGCUGCUGCUGUCUGUCGGAGUGGAACCCGAACACACCAUCACCGUGUGGCGCUGGCAGGAAGGGUCCAGGGUCUGCAGUAGAGCCGGGCACCCGGACCGGAUCUUCGUGGUGGAGUUCCGGCCGGACUCGGACUCCCAGUUCGUGUCGGUGGGAAUCAAACACGUGAAGUUCUGGACGCUGGCCGGCGGAGCGCUGAUGUACAAGAAGGGCGUGGUGAGGACGCUGGAGGACGGCCGGAUGCAGACGAUGCUGUCCGUCGCCUUCGGCGCCAAUAACUUGACGUUCACCGGCGCCAUCAACGGGGACGUGUACGUGUGGCGGGACCACUACCUGCUGAGGGUGGUGGCGAAGGCUCACAACGGGCCCGUCUUCACCAUGUACACCACGCUGAGGGACGGGCUCAUCGUCACCGGCGGCAAGGAGAGGCCGACGAAGGAGGGCGGAGCCGUGAAGCUGUGGGACCAGGAGAUGAAGCGCUGUCGAGCGUUCCAGCUGGAGACGGGACAGUCGGUGGAGUGCGUUCGCUCCGUGUGCAGAGGAAAAGGUAAGAUCCUGGUGGGGACGAAGGACGGCGAGAUCAUCGAGGUCGGGGAGAAGAACGCGGCGUCCAACCUGCUGCUGGACAGUCACGCCCGGGGCGGCAUCUGGGGUCUGACCGCUCAUCCCGCCAAAGAGCUCUGCAUCACGGCCAGCGACGACGCCACCAUCAGACUCUGGGACCUCGCGGACAAGAAGCUGUUGAACAAGGUGUGUGUGGGCCACGCCGCCCGCUGCGUGAGCUUCAGCGCCGACGGGGAGAUGCUGGCCGUGGGGAUGAUGAACGGCGAGUUCCUCCUCCUCCUCGCCAACUCGCUCAAGAUGUGGGCGAAGAAGCGCGAUCGCAGCGCCGCCAUCCAGGACAUCCGGUUCAGUCCGGACCGCCAGCUGCUGGCGGUGGGUUCGGUCGACAGCACGGUGGAUGUGUACGACGUGAGCGGAGGUCCGAGUCUCAACCGACUGGUUUACUGCAGCGACGUCCAGGCUUUCGUCCUGCAGCUCGACUUCUCCGCUGACAGCUGCUUCAUACAGGUGUCUACAGGAGUUUAUAAGCGGCAGGUGUUUGAGGUUCCUUCAGGGAAGUUGAUGAUCGACCAGAGCGUCAUCGACAGAAUCACCUGGGCUACUUGGACCAGCGUCCUGGGAGACGAGGUUUUGGGGAUUUGGCCUCGGAACGCCGACAGAGCGGACGUCACCUGCGCCUGCGUGUCUCACGCCGGCCUGAACGUCGUCACCGGAGACGACCUGGGAUUGGUCAAACUGUUCGACUUCCCGUGCACAGAGAAGUUUGCCAAACACAAGCGCUACCUCGGCCACUCGCCUCGCGUGACCAACAUCCGCUUCUCCCACGACGACAGAUACGUGAUCAGCACCGGAGGAGACGACUGCAGUGUGUUUGUGUGGAAAUGUCUGUGAACGCAGACGAGCGCUUCGACACAAAGCACCUUAACCGCACCACACGUGCAUCCAGAGGGACUCGAACCCACAACCUGAGCCGCCGCCGCCCACCUCCUUCUUGAUGACGAGGCAGGAAGCCGCAGACUGCGGUCGGCUCACCGGUCACGUGACGGAUCACGUGACUCGAGCGGGGGGGGGAAAAAACAGAAACAGGAGAUUCUCAAAAAUUCUUCUUCUUCUUCUUUUACAAAUGUAAAUAAACGUGCAUCAUCUAUUCGACUGGACACGUCUCUGACAGAAAGCUGCCGAUGCUGCGUUCAGGUCACGCUCGGAAGAGAAAACGCUCCGAGGAAGAAACAACACGUUUACGGGUCGAUGUGAUACUGAAGUGUAGAGAGUAUUAAACUCUGUCGUGAGGCAAAACAUAUUUACAGAAACUUCCCUGAAAGUUCGCUUGUGACAGAGAAAAAGAAACUUGACGUUAACAAAUGUAUAAAUCACAUUCUGGUUUCAGUAUCUCAUCAAACUUAAGUGCCUUUCUGGAUUGUUCCACCUGCGUCUCGCUUGAUUUAUGCUUUUAUGUUGGUUUUUUAAACGCAUCAUUAUUUUGUAUUCAUUAUUUGUACUCCGUCUGGUGCUACACUGAGAAUGUUCAAACUCUCAUUCAUCCCAAAAGGGUUUUGUUUUUUAGAAAAGCAUUUCGCUUUGCUGCUGCUUCUUUUGUUUGAAACAUUCGCAGCGACGUGAUCGUAAAAAAAAAAAACUACACUGAGAGAAAAACAUAAUACGUUCAGAGGGAAUAUUUAUGGAAAAUA